GUGGCUCGAUUCAACCCAGAAAGCGAGGAGGGGGCGUACGAGCAAUGGAGCCACAGCUCUUGCCUUUGACCGAAAGUGGACCGGACACGCAUGCGCAGACAUUCGCGGCGACCGAAACAGUGACGGAGGUGGAUGCAUCAACAGAGGCGGCCACAGCAUCCACAGCGGCAUUGACCCCUGUACUAGCGGCGACCGGGAAGCACAGGCCAUUCGACAGCUCGAAGCCGGAUCGACAUGUGAAACCGCACAGAUCCUCGCGGGAACAGGCCGGUACGGAGUGCGGCGGAUGCGCGCAGGUCCUCCUCUUCGGGGAGGACUGGAUCUGGCGAGAUGGGCGAGGCGACGAGCUCGGCCUCCGCCGCGGCGCCGAUAGCCAACGCGGCCUUGAUCGGGGCAAGGGAGACACUGGCGACGGCGUCCGCGACCGUGCUAACACAGGCGCACAGCGACUCGGGUUCUGUGGGGCUUCGAUCAGACGACAGCGGGUAGAGAAAAGAGGACGCCGCAGACCGAGUGUGCCGCAGUCGGUGCCGUCGACGCGGAUCACGCCGCCGAUGCAGGCGCAGACGUUCGUCGCAGCAUGGGGGCGUGCAUCGAGUCCCGUGCGAGGCAGGUGCGCAGCGGCGUGGGCGAGCGGGGAGAGAGCCGCGAGCGUAAGAGAGAUGAUCGUGAAUGAGUGCAUCAGAAGGAGUGUCGUGAAUGAGAGAGCGUGAGUGAGAGAGAGUACUGAACGAGAACGAGGAAGGAUCGAUUGUUGAACUUGCAGCUCACUCUAGGUCUUCUCUUUAUACUGCGCUGGCACCUCCAUUUGAAACGCGAGUUUGAACGCGAGUUUCUCUCAGCCAGAGAGUUCAAAUGAGCUUUCAGGGGGUGUAUGCUCG